AUGGGCACCAAACUAUUUUUCAGCACAGCCUACCAUCCCCAGACCGGAGGACAGACCGAAAGGGUGAACCAGAUUCUGGAAGACAUGCUCCGCGCAUGCGUUCUCGCUUAUGGAACCAAAUGGGAGGAUUGCCUGCCAUUCGCCGAGUUCUCUUAUAACAACAGUUAUCAGGCCAGUCUUCGGAUGGCACCCUUUGAAGCCCUCUAUGGGAGGAGAUGCCGGACCCCUCUCAACUGGACCGAGACCGGGGAAAGCCAAGUGUUCGGUCCAGAUAUACUUCGAGAAGCAGAAGAACAAGUUCAGCUUAUCCGUGACCGUCUCAAGGCUGCACAGUCCCGCCAGAAGAGUUACGCCGACAACAAGCGUAGGGAGUUAACUUUCAGCGCCGGAGAUUUCGCCUAUCUCCGGGUAACCCCUCUCAAAGGAAUGAAACGUUUCCAUGUUAAAGGCAAGCUUGCGCCAAGAUACAUUGGUCCUUUCAAGGUGAUAGGACGAAAGGGAGAAGUAUCUUACCAGCUGGAGUUACCUCCCGAAUUGUCUGAGUUCCAUGACGUUUUUCAUGUCUCCCAACUUCGAAGAUGCCUCCAAGCACCAAGCAAGCCUGAAAUUUUUAAGGAUAUUGAUUACCGUGCCAUCGACCUCAAUCACGACUUAACCUACCGAGAGAACCCUAUUCGUAUUCUGGAUGAAACCGUUAGAGUCACCCGCCGAAGGAAGAUUAAAUUCUUCAAGGUCCAGUGGAGCAACCACUCUGAAGAUGAAGCCACAUGGGAGCGGGAGGAUUAUCUGAGACAAGAAUUUCCACACCUAUUCAAGCUCCUAGCCACGGAAUCUCGGGAUGAGAUUCUUUUAAGGGGGGAAGGUGGUCACCGCCACGACGCCGUCGACGCCUCCCUCUUCUCUCCCUCGUCAUCAGCACCACCUCUCGCCUCUCCUAACCCCUCUCCGUUGCCCCUGCCUCGCAGAUCCGCAGCGGAGCGGCGACACCGACGACGCACCGGCGACGCCCGUGACGCCGAAGCCGCCAAGUCAGGCGACGUCGACGCGUCCGAGCUUCGCCAGGACAUCCCCGAGCAGCACACCCACACCGCCAACCCGCCUGCGUCGAGCCUCGCCAUCGCCAGCCUCUGGUAA